AUGAACACCUCGGGGAGACGAGUGGGGCAGUGGCUCCUCGUCUUGCUUGCGCACUCCGCCUGGGCUGACGAAACUUGCGCCACGAGCCUCGUCCAAAAAAAGGCACAGGCACGAUUCGCAGCGACAAAGUCCGUUGCGGAGCAAUCUCGCCAGCGGACGCCCUGGGACCUCUAUGACUACGUUGUUGCUGUGCAGCACAAGUCUGGGGCCUACCUAAUUCACAAGGUGUGGCUCUUCAUGUUUUCAGUGCUUGGCGCUGGCGAUGCCGACAUGGGUACUUGGAUUCAGCCAUGUUACUAUGACAUGUGCCAUCAAAUCGAAGCUCCGAUCAAGGUGUUGCAGGACUUGUGUGGACCACACACCCUGGAGCUUUUGCAGGAGGCUGCGGCAGAAAGGGGCAAAGGCCUCCGCAUAGUAGGGCCUGUUCGAAACCCGACGACCAUGGUUGCCUCCGCCUACUGCUACCAUGCCAGGGGGGAAGAGCCCUUAAAUCGCAUGUUCUAUCCUCCCGGAUGGCCCAAAGUCACCGUGGGUUCUCUCCCUUUCGCAGAUGGGCUGGCCUUUGCUGCAAAGGUCAUGGCUCCGAUGGUGAAGAACAUGACCGAGAUUUUUGAAGCUCCGCACCCAAACCGGUUCCGCUUUGACUAUGAAAAGGCCGCAGCUUCUUCUGAGGGCUUUGACAAGGUAGCGGAAGAGAUGGUGGACUUCUUGUUCGGCGGCAUGAUCUCGGAGGAUGACCGGCAGCAGUGCUUGGAGGCGGCGACGUGGGCAGACCUCCAUCGCCAUCCGGAUAGUGAUGAGGGUCACAAGAACGACGCAGAGUGUGAGACAAAGGCAUUGCAGCAAUUCACUUCAGUCGUGCCUGCUGAUCUCCUUGCACAGUAUCGCGAUUUUCAGGAGCGGCUUGGAUACCCGACAGUCUAG